GAGAUUGCUCCAUGAGAGAGAACCUUGCCUUUGUGUCGAUCCAAAACAUGGCGUUGACUGGCUGUGCGGCACCAAAUGAGGCGUCCACGGAGAAGACAAAGAGGCACACCUGGAGGAAAAGAAUUGGAUUUCUUUUGAAGACUAACACUUCCAAGUCAUUAUUACAUCUAAAGAAACGAUCCUAUAGGCCAACUGCUGAUGACGUGCAGCAAUGGGCGCAGUCGCUUGACAAACUACUCUGUCAUAAAUACGGGAAAACGGUGUUUUCUAUCUUUCUGAAGUCCGAGUUCUGCGAGGAGAACAUUGAGUUUUGGACAGCCUGCGAGGAUUUCAGGAACAUCACGUCGCACAAAGCGCUGGCGUCCAAGGCCGACAGUAUUUACGAGGAGUUUGUUAGAAGUGAAGCUCCCAAAGAGAUAAACCUGGAUUUCCACACAAAAAAUACCAUCGUCCGGAACCUCCACGAGCCCACUGCGACCAUCUUCCUGGCAGCUCAGAGUAAAGUCUACAGCCUGAUGGAGAACGACUCCUACCCGAGAUUUAUUUACUCCGACCUCUACAAAGAAAUGUGUGCUUCUGCCAGAGGGCAGGCGCAUUGACUCCUGGUCCGACGACCCCCCCCCCCCCCCACACACACACACACUCCUCCAGUCAUUUGUUUACCGCUGUGACAAUGUGAACAGAGCGCUGAUGGUGUUCUUUGGCACUGCCUCGGGAUAAUAAUAAUCCCAAAUGCAAAUCCUCGGCAUAAACAACACGGAUAAGCAAUUUUUUAGUGCAUGGUGCUGAGAGCUGUGCUGACUUGGCAGUGCACGCAGCAUUUCUACCACAUUCGAUUAUUGUUACAUUUUACUCACAGAUUUUUGGGGCAGCGAUGUGUUCCAGAAGAUUGUGAUGAAGCACGACUGUAUAUACAAAACCUGUGAUCGCUGUCAAAACACUUUACUCUUUAACCGACGGAGCUGUUUGAAUGUAUUUCCACGCUGACACCCACUUGAAGACUGUCGUCUUUUGUGACCUUGGCCUUUACUGCCGUGUUGCUCUUCUGGAUUUGUUUGGAACCGUUUGCACAAAAGGUGCAAUUUUAACUUGCAUAAUAACACUUUGUAUUUUCCCUGGCGUAAUGUGAAAAUGUUAUGUGUUUUAAAUAUUGCUUGUGUUUAAUGUGGGCAGGCAGCUGGACUGCGCAAGAAAUAAAAUAUUUUUCAAUU